CUGCUUGUUAUUUAUUCUCAGAAAGUUCUGUGUGGAUAGGGAUUUAUAGGUAUCAGAAGAGAUGUUCUACUUAAAGAGUUCCCAAGCACUGCAGGCUCUAGAGAAUGCCUUAAGGAAGCACCUCCCUGAAUCCUUAAAGGUUUAUGGGACUGUCUUCCACAUCAAUCAAGGAAACCCAUUCAAGCUCAAGACUUUGGUGGACAAGUGGCCUGAUUUUAAUACUGUUGUUAUUCGACCCCAGGAAGAGGACAUGACAGAUGACCUUGACCACUACAACAACACUUAUCUAAUUUAUUCUAAGAAUCCCAAACAGUGUCAGGAAUUCCUUGGCUCAUCCGAAGUUAUUAACUGGAAACAACACUUGCAAAUUCAAAGUUCACAGUCAGACCUGGGCAAUGUGAUAGAAAGUCUUGGAGCAGCUAACUUGAGCAAGGUCAAGCAUAAGCAGUGCUUUCUCUAUAUGCGAUCUCAAACAGCAAAGAAACUGACUCCUUCUUUGGUGGAUGCAAAGAACCUAGUCAGCAGUGACGAGCCCACUCCUUUGAACCAUCAGUUAUUCAAACUCGCCUCCCUGGAUGUUACACAUGCUGCAUUGGUAGAUAGCAUCUGGUAUUUUGGUGGCAAUAAGAAGAGCCAGAAGUUCAUUGAACGUUGUAUCUUUACCUUCCCCAGCUUCUGUAUUAUGGGGCCUGAGGGGACCCCUGUGUCUUGGGCCCUGAUGGACCACACUGGAGAACUGAGAAUGGGAGGCACCUUGCCUAGGUACCGGCGCUGUGGUCUCAUUGAACAUGUUGCUGCCCAGCAGAUUCAGACAGUAGAAAAACUUAGCUUUCCCAUAUAUGCACAUGUGGAUAAGGCUAACUUCACUGUUCAGAGAAAAGUUACCAAGCUGGGGUAUAUCCCCUUGCUGCCCUGUACCUGGAACCAGUGGAACUGUGUACCUCCAUAAAGCUAGAAAAGGGUAAGAAGGGGCCUGCACUUGCAGACUGAGAAAUGGCUGAGUGAACAGAGAGAAAUGAAUUGUCAUUAGGAUGGUGUGUGUCUCUAGAGAGCAGAGGUGCAUCACAUUGAGCUGCACACACUGUUUCCUCGCCCUCACCUUGUUCAUGCUCUUAACUCCAUUCUUCAGCAUGCAGAAGGCCACCUUCUCCUCCUCCAACUCCGGUACAGACACCACAUUCUCAGCAUUCCUCUAAUUCAUUUGGCUAAAUUGCACUCUUUUCUAUUUGUUUUGCUAGAUCACUGAUCCAUGCCCAUUAGUCAGUAGGUUUGUUUUGUGACCUGCCUCCCACUCCCCCUGAACCCAGGCACGCCUCCUCCUGCUUUCUGUAGUUUUGCUUUUAUGGGCUAGAGAAGUAGCCCGUCAUCUAAAAAGAUGUAUUCAAAAAUCAUUCAUUCUCAUGUCACUCACUAGGCAUUAUAUCAUUAAUAUAUAAAAACUACUACAUAUGCAAACACAGAUACACAAUAUGUGUGGUGCAACUGUAAGAAUUAUUAGGAAAGAGACUAAGGCUCAGCAAGUAAAUGUGCUUGCAGCCAAACCUGGUAACCUGAAUUAGAUUCCUGGGACCCACUUGUAAAAAGAGAGAAUCAACUCCAUCAACUUGUCCUCUGACCUCCACAGGUAUGGGGUGGCAUGUGCAUACACAAAUAAAUAAAUGUAAUCUUUAAAAAGUUAAAAA